UUAGAUAAUAUUUGUAACUUAUGUUGUCCUUUGGAUAGAUACAAGCGCAAAGUAUUUAUCUUUCAAUUUAAUGAAAUGUGAUAUUUGACAUAUAUUCUCUUUUUAUAGAAUUCAACAGAUGAAUUUGCAGAGAAAGUGGACAUUAUACCUGCAAAGUAGAGGCUUUCAUAGUGAUAACUAAUGUAAAGAUCUUUGCAGACAGCUUUUAACUAUGGCAGAGCAGCCUUACAGCCAGGGAGCAAGUUCUUAUCUGCACAAGCCAUAGAAGAAAAAUCACAUUUAUAUUAACAGUUUCAUUGGAUGAGUGUCUGCCCUAUUGUAACUUUGGAUAUAAGCUGUGAUUUAUUUUUUUCGUACUUCAUAGGAAAAUGGCUUUUCAGUUUAACUUCUCUAUUGAAGAGAAAGCAGGAAAUGAACUCGAGACUCUUGGUGAUACAGCUUUGCAGCUGGAAUCUGGACAGGCUUCUUUGAACCCAGGCGGAUCUACAGAAAAGAGCAAAGAAAUUUCAUCAGAAGAAAACAUUGUGCACAAGGAGUCUCUGUGUGCACAUGAGGCAACACCCAAAACUUCAGAUCCAGUAGCAAACUGUAGCCCGGUCCAGGUGCUGCCAAAGAAACGAGCCAGCUUUAAAGUUGCCAAAGAGCAUAAUAUUCCUGAAGAUUUCAGCAAAGUGUUAGAAAAUAAAGUUAUAGAAGCUGUACAGGGCCUAUACUAUGUAAAUAUUUCUGUGGUGGAAAUGACCCAUUCAAAUGACUCCCAUGAAGAAGACAUAGUGUCUAAAAGUAUUUCUUCUCACUCUGAUCUUAUCACAGGCAUCUAUGAAGGGGGGCUGAAAAUAUGGGAAUGCACUUUUGAUCUCAUGGAUUAUUUGUCAGAGGCUGAAAUGCAGUUUAUCAACAAGACAGUCUUGGAUCUUGGUUGUGGGGCUGGGCUGCUGGGAAUACUUGCAUUAAAGAGAAAAGCUAAAAAAGUCCACUUUCAGGACUAUAACCACACUGUGAUUGAUGAAAUAACCUUGCCUAAUGUAGUGGCUAACUGUACUGAUGGUGGUGGUGAUGGCGGAAUUAGUGAACCUCCUUCAAAGAAGCACAAGAAAGCAGACUUCAUACCAGCUCUAAUGUCUAAGUGCAGAUUUUUUUCUGGAGAAUGGGCUGAGUUUAGCCAACUCCUGUUAAGUGGCAACAAACCCUUUUCAAAGUAUGACCUUAUUCUCACAUCCGAGACCAUCUACAAUCCUGACUAUUACAGUGCUUUGCAUGAUACGAUUUCUAAACUGUUGGAUAAAAAUGGCCGCGUGUAUUUGGCUAGCAAAGCACAUUAUUUUGGGGUGGGAGGUGGUGUGCAUAUCUUUGAGAAAUUCAUUGAAGAGAGGAAUGUGUUCAGGACUAGAACUGUCAAAGUUAUCGAUGAAGGACUGACACGGUACAUUAUUGAAAUGGCCUUUAAGAUUUCCAGUUAAUCCACUCAUUCCCCAUUGUGCCUGUUAAAUAUCUUAAUAAAGAUGUGAUUUAUA